UGAUCAGCUCUUAAAAACGCGGGACAAACUCCUCCGAGCCGGUGAACAAAGUCAACGUCGAUCUUCAAACUAAUUGUUGCACUUUAACGAAUUGACUUGAAGAUGAACCAACCUCCUUAAUUCAUGGUACUCACAGUUUUCAAUUAUUAAAGUUUGUUGAUGUCAGUGGUGAAGUGGUGAUUAUUAGUCAAUAAAAAAUGUGAUCGUGCUGGUAGAUCUAGGUUAUACCCAUGUUAAUAGCUGACACAGUCGUCGAUUGCAAAAUCGGAUAAAUGAAUAUCUCAAUGCUAGUCUUCACGACAGAAAAUGUCAAGUGACAGCCAUCAUUCCAUACACGGUAUCAGUAACAUCGAGUUUUCUUCACUCUCGGAAUCAGCUUAUCAAGAGUUCGAUGACACUCUCAAUAUCGACACUGACAGCAACAUCCAAUCCACUGAUGUAUCGGAAAGGAUCGAACGUGAUUUGAAAUCAAUUAUGCAUACAACAGGACAUAAUAAGACAGUUGAUGACUUUGUGGAUGAUAUAUUUGAGGACUCGGAGCAGUGGUGCAAUGCAUCGAUAUUCAAUACUGCUAUAACAGCUACUUCCAUUGAAUCUGAAGCAACUCAAGAUUUCCAAGAUGGAAAUUUUCGAGAGAGGCCGGAGCUGUCGGAGAAGUUUGUUGACUCGGUGGGGAAUGGAAUCCUACGUCCGGAGACUUCAGCAUCAUCUGUCAAUCAAGCUGAGCUUGAUGAAUUGUGUUUAGAGUUGGAAGAGGAUGAUCUGUAUUCGAGGGAAUUGGAGAUGCGAAUAGAGGAUAAUCAUUGUGAUGAAAAACCAGCGGACAGAGGGGAUGGUAAUGCGAGCGAGGAAAAAACUUUGGGGGCUUUUCAUGAGCUGCCUGACAGAAUUAAAUCGCUGAUCUUCAGUAUUAAGAAAAUAGACUCACUUUAUGAUUGGCAAGAUGAGUGUCUAAAGCUAAACUCUGUGAUGAAUCGUAGGAAUUUAAUUUAUGCUCUUCCAACGAGUGGAGGCAAAACUCUAGUAGCUGAAAUUUUAAUGUUAAGGGAAAUUACGUGCAAUAAGAAAAAUGCUAUAUUUAUUUUACCAUUCGUUGCGAUUGUACAGGAAAAGAUUCAGUCAUUAGCUCCAUUCGCUGUUGAAUUGCAUUUUCUAGUCGAGGAAUAUGCUGGUAGUAAAGGUGGAUAUCCCCCCAUUAAGCGAAGACGAAAGAACAGUCUCUAUGUUUGCACAAUCGAAAAAUCUCUGGGAUUAAUUAAUAGUUUGAUCGAGACAAAGAGAUUGAACGAAGUUGGGAUGAUUGUAGUUGACGAAUUACAUUUACUAGGGGAGGAAGGGGGAAGGGGUGCAACUCUCGAGGGCCUGUUAGCAAAAUUGAUGUACAUUAACGCUGGCAUUCAUAUUGUUGGUAUGAGUGCUACAAUAGGUAAUCUGAAUGAAGUGGCCGAGUUCUUGAAAGCAGAAGUGUACACUCAAAAUUUUCGACCUGUGGAAUUGAAAGAAUAUGUCAAAUGUGAGAAUCGCAUAUGGUUGAUAGACACUAAAGAAGAAGAAAUCUUUACUGAUGAAAAAAGGAUCAAUUAUCAAUACUCCGAAACAGCAUUGAGACAAGACCCGGACAAGAUAGGCGGCCUCGUUAUGGACGUAGUACCUAAGGACUCUUGUCUGAUCUUCUGUCCGACCCGAAAAAACUGCGAAAACGUUGCUCUACUCCUGACUCGUGUACUAUUCAGGUCUCUGAUGGAACACAAAACAGUGGAAAAGGAGAAAUUGCGGGUAGCUCUGCAGGCUGAAGGUCAGCUUUGUCCAAUUUUGUCGAAAACAAUAAAAUAUGGAGUUGCUUAUCAUCAUUCGGGCUUGACGAGUGAGGAGAGAAAGCUUGUGGAGGAUGCCUACAGGGAGGGCACCCUUUCUGUUAUCUGCUGCACAUCUACUUUGGCAGCUGGUGUCAAUCUCCCGGCUAGACGAGUAAUUCUGAGAAGUCCCUACGUAGGUAAUGAGUUCCUAAACCUGAGUCGAUACAAGCAAAUGGUGGGUCGGGCUGGUCGUGCAGGAUUAGGAGAAGUUGGAGAGAGUAUUAUACUUUGUAAACGUGCAGAAAUUCCGAAGAUUCAAAUGAUGUUAACAGCAAAAAUGGAUGACUGCCUGAGCACAUUACAUAUCGAAAUAGAUCGUGGAUUGAAUAAUCUUCUGCUAAGCUCAGUGAUGUUGUCACUAGCAAACAAUCGAGCUGAACUGUACAAAUUGGUCUCCAUGUCCCUCUUGGGGAUUCAAUCAUGUCGUCUGAACGCCAACGUCAAGGAAAUCGUCGACAGAGCGAUAGUAUCUCUGAUAAAAGCGCGACCUUUAAAAGUGAAACAAAUCUCAGAUAAUGAAGCUAAUACGAGUAUUAAAAUAGAAUCACAGGUAAUGACUGAUUCAAUUAUCGACCCAAAGCCAAAAAAAGCAAAAACAUCCAUCAUCCUUACGAGAAAAAGUCCAUUGGAAUUGUCACCUCUGGGAAAAGCGGCGAUGAAAGGUUCGAUUGAUCUUCAAACCGCCUAUUAUCUUCACGAAGAUUUAAAGUCAGCCCAACGUCACCUCGUCCUAACAGACGAUCUCCACAUUCUUUAUCUUGUAACACCCUACGAGGUAGCGAAUCAGAUAAAACCCGUGGGGUCAGUCCUCUACGAGGUGAUCAUGAAUUUUUCCCCUCAAGCAAUGCAAAUACCAAAAGUUUUGGGACUUACUGAAACUGUACUGAUAAAAUUACAAAAAGGAAUAACACCAAAAAAUAUAUCAUCACGGGUUAUUCAUAGAUUUUACCUGACGCUAAUGCUUCAUGAAUUACAAAAUGGACAGACUGUUCAUUCAGUAGCUGAUAAAUUUCAAGCGACUCGAGGCAUUACCCAAAAUCUUUUGAGUUCAGCCGCGUCGUUUGCCUCGUCAGUGGUAAGAUUUUGCCAGGAGAUACCAGAAUUUUGGGCUUUUGCGGAGUUUUUGAAGACUUUCAGUAAAAAACUCACCGUAUGCUGUACAGAGGAGCUAGAUGCACUCAUGGAAUUGCCAGCAGUGAAAAUUGGAAGGGCGAAACAAUUAUACGACGCUGGAUUCAAAACACUGCAGUCAAUUGCAUCUGCAAAUCCUCAUGAUUUGCAGAAAAAUUUAAAAUAUGUUUCGAGGAAGACUGUCGAGCAGAUGAUUAUGACGGCAAAUUUGAUAUUGAUGGAGAAAGUAGAAAACCUGAAGGACGAAUAUGCAGAGUUGAUGGAAGGCUUGCAGGCGAGCUAAUCCUCUUAAAAAUAAACUACAAAGGAUUUAGAAUCUAUCAUUAAGGAUAAAUAUAUAGUUUAUGGACUUUAUUGAUGAAUCAUAGUUUAUUUAUUGAUAUUCCUGACCACUAUUGUGUCAUUCAGAUCAAUAUAU